AUGCAAACCGUUAAAGACACCGUCGCCUACGCUGUUGACAAAGCAUCUGAGCUCACCAAUGCAGCUUCCAAGGAGGCCAACACGGCGGUCGCGAAAGAUUCCAACGCCAGUCUGUCGACUCGGGCUACUGCCGCCAAGGACGCUGUGGGAGACAAAAUCAACGAAGUAAAAGAUGGCGCGUCUGCCGAAGCCAACAAGCAAAAGGCUACGCACUAA